CCAUAGAGUACAUUCGCACAGACCAUAUUGCUAGAGUUUUGUAAUUCGGUCACCCAUUUUUCUGUAGACUGCUUGUAAUACCACUAAGGAAGGUCGAUAUAUUUGUAGGCUUUCAGAAAGAUCUCCCUAUUUUUUGUUUACGUCGAACCCAUUUAAGCCUCGACAAUGUGAAGCCAACCUCGCCUGGCUGGCUGAAAGCGUUAAUACAAGAUCUAAUGAGUGUGUGUCGUCGAGGGACUCUCGUUUUCCCCAUGAUAACCCCCAUCCCCCUCGCUCACCCCUUCUGAUCAGCCACACAUCUUUGCAGCCAGAUAGUCUCCUUCAGAUUCCUUCACUAAAGCCCUUGGCACACACACAAGUGUAGUCACAGCUGCUCCCACUUCCAGGGCAGCACAGUUCGUGUAUAGAGAGCCAAGCGGCAAUUUUUGUGUAAAGUAUAGAUGCCUGUUUAAUGGCGUCUUUGUGGUUCCCGUCUUAUGGAUGCUUUCUGCCUUUUUUUCUUCUCAAUGCCUUAAGCUAUCUCGUUCAUCACCUUCCCUGAUCCUCUCGCAUCUACUUUCUGUAUUUUUCCCGCCAGCGCCGUCAUCUUCUGGUUAAUCUCUCUGUUUUCCCCCCUUCUCCGGUGACACCAUCCUUCUACUGUCUCUGGCUCGUACCUGCACCUCCAGCACAACGAUUGCAGUCUUUCAUUGUCCUCUCUCCCGCAAUCCCUCUCUCACCCUCCUUUUUCCAUACCUCUCCUUCACUCUUCUCUCUUUCUCUACCCACUCUAUGCACUCUCUGCUAUCCCCCACUCCCCAUUGUGAAAUAUGGAUGGUACCAGUCCCUGUGUUUCGAGACAGGCUGGCAGAGAGCAGAGCGUCUCUAUAGGCCCUGCCUUGUGCAUGCACCUAAACACUUCACUGAGCAAUCUGUCAACAUGUCAGCAACACAUGUUUUGUAAAAAGCUUCCAGUGGGAGUAAUGACUCCCACCAGGACUCCGAAAAUGCUUUGAAUUCAGCAGAUUUCUAUUGCAGGGAUCCCCUGGGGUCCCUUUUACAAUGCCUACAUUUCAGAAAUUUGAGCCACAGACCCCUGGGGCUUUCCUUUCAUAAUGCCUGAAAAUGUAGGGUUAUAUUGUUGGAUGUCCCCAUGGGUUCUUUAUUAAUACCUGAAUUCUGAGGAACUGGAAAUUACCCAGAGCACGGCAGGGUCCCAGAUACACACCAGGAAGAGGAGGAAAACUCUGCGGGGAGAUUUUUCUCUUUCUCUCUUUCCUUCAUGCAAGACUGAAAGAGAAGAAUUUGCCAAAGGACAAAAUCUAGUAUAUUUUGAGCCGCCUACUAAAACGCAUAUUGUAAAAGCAAUGAAGGCUGACAAAUCUAUAUAUUUACUUACAGCCUGUUAUUUGUCUAUUUAUACCUUUACCUCUGAGUGACUGAGAUUGUUUGGUUUAAUCAGAAGAUAAAAGCCACAUUAUUCGGAUGUUACGUUUGCCCUGAAUUUAUUAUGGAAUGAUGUGAUUAACACUGUCUGCGCUGGUUAAACCUAGAAAAGGCGGAAAGCCUCUACCCGCCAUGCAGAACGUGAAGGAAGCUUGGAAUAAAAGAUGGUGAUGACGACCCACAAUUCUCCUGGGUGGCUUCAUCUCCCUCCAGCAAAGACGUUGCAUCACCCACUCAGAUGAUAGGGGAUGGGUGUGAUCUCGGCAUAGGAGAGGAGGAAGGGGGAUCUGGGUUGCCAUAUCCCUGCCAGUUUUGUGACAAGUCAUUCAGUCGAUUGAGCUACCUGAAAAGGCACGAACAGAUCCACAGCGACAAACUUCCCUUCAAGUGCACGUACUGCAGUCGUCUCUUCAAGCACAAGAGAAGUAGGGAUCGCCACAUUAAACUCCACACAGGGGAUAAAAAGUAUCACUGCCACGAAUGUGAGGCAGCAUUCUCUCGCAGUGACCACCUUAAAAUUCAUCUGAAAACUCACAGCUCUAGCAAGCCUUUCAAGUGUACAGUGUGCAAGCGGGGUUUUUCCUCCACCAGCUCUCUGCAGAGUCAUAUGCAGGCUCAUAAGAAAAACAAAGAACAUUUGGCCAAGUCGGACAAAGAUAUGAAAAAAGACGACUAUAUGUGUGAUUAUUGCGAGGAAACCUUUAGCCAGACUGAGGAACUGGAAAAACACGUCAUGACACGACAUCCUCAGCUCUCGGAGAAAGCUGACCUGCAGUGUAUUCAUUGCCCUGAAGUAUUUGCUGAUGAAACCUCUUUGCUCACCCACAUUGAUCAAGUCCAUGCCAACAAAAAACAUAAGUGUCCCAUGUGUCCAGAGCAGUUUUCCUCCGUUGAAGAAGUGUACUGUCACUUAGAUAGUCACAGACAGCCCGACUCAAGCAAUCACAGCAUUAGUCCAGAUCCAGUCCUGGGCAGUGUGGCAUCCAUGAGUAGCGCCACACCUGACUCUAGUGCAUCGGUUGAACGGGGUUCCACUCCUGACUCCACGCUCAAGCCAUUAAGAGUGCAUAAGAAAAAUUUAUCAAUGGAUAGAGAGGAUGGUCAAACCUGGCCCAAAGUUUCCUACAGUUGUCCUUACUGCACAAAGCGAGAUUUCAAUAGUUUGGCAGUCUUGGAAAUCCACUUAAAAACAAUUCAUGUGGACAAACCUCAACAAACUCACACCUGUCAAAUCUGUUUGGAUUCAUUGCCCACCCUUUAUAAUCUCAAUGAACAUGUACGAAAAGUGCAUAAAAACCAUGCAUACCCUAUGGUGCAGUUCAACAACAUAACUGCCUUUCAUUGUAACUAUUGUCCCGAGAUGUUUGCAGACAUUAACAGCCUUCAGGAGCAUAUCCGUAUCUCUCACUGUGGCCCUAAUGCUACUCCUCAGGAAGGCAAUAAUGCCUUCUUCUGUAACCAGUGUUCUAUGGGAUUUCUUACAGAGUCCUCACUAACCGAACAUAUUCAGCAAACCCACUGUAAUGUGGGGAGUUCAAAGCUUGAGUCCCCUGUUAUCCAGCCCACACAGUCCUUCAUGGAAGUAUAUUCGUGCCCAUAUUGUACAAACUCUCCCAUUUUUGGAUCUAUAUUGAAACUUACUAAGCAUAUUAAAGAAAACCACAAAAAUAUACCACUGGCAAAUAAUAAGAAGUCAAAAUCAGAGCAGAGUCCCGUUUCUUCAGAUGUUGAGGUUUCAUCCCCUAAAAGGCAACGGUUGUGUCCAAGCCUAAACUCUGUAUCCAAUGGAGAGUAUCCCUGUAACCAAUGUGACCUAAAGUUUUCCAAUUUCGACACAUUUCAAACUCAUCUGAAGUCACACUUAGAGUUGCUGUUAAGAAAGCAGUCCUGCCCUCAAUGCAAAGAGGACUUUGACUCUCAGGAUUCCCUCCUGCAGCACCUCACAGUACACUACAUGACCACAUCUACACAUUAUGUGUGCGAGAGCUGUGACAAGCAGUUCUCAUCUGUGGAUGAUCUGCAAAAGCACUUAUUGGACAUGCAUACUUUUGUAUUAUAUCACUGUACACUUUGCCAAGAAGUCUUUGAUUCUAAGGUUUCCAUCCAAGUGCAUCUGGCGGUAAAACACAGCAAUGAGAAAAAAAUGUAUCGUUGUACAGCAUGUAACUGGGACUUUAGAAAAGAAGUUGACCUUCAGCUUCAUGUCAAGCAUAGCCAUUUGGGCAAUCCCGCAAAAUCACACAAGUGCAUCUUCUGUGGAGAAACCUUUAGCACAGAAGUGGAACUGCAAUGUCAUAUAACAACUCAUAGUAAGAAGUACAAUUGUAAGUUCUGCAGUAAGGCUUUCCAUGCAAUUAUUCUCCUAGAAAAGCACCUGCGGGAAAAGCAUUGUGUGUAUGACAGCAAUGGCCAAAAUGGCACUGCUAAUGGAAUGGUGCCAACAAGCAAGAAAUCCGAGACUGCUGAAGUCCCAACUGUAUUGAUGAAGACCCCAGAGGUUUCAAACAGCCAUGAAGCCAGCGAAGAUGAUGUAGAUGCUUCAGAACCAAUGUAUGGCUGUGACAUCUGUGGAGCCGCGUACACAAUGGAAGUGCUUCUCCAGAACCAUCGUUUACGAGAUCAUAACAUAAGACCGGGUGAAGAUGAUGGCUCUCGGAAGAAAGCAGAGUUUAUCAAGGGCAGUCAUAAGUGCAAUAUCUGCUCCAGAACUUUCUUCUCAGAGAAUGGUCUGCGAGAACACAUGCAGACACACAGGGGUCCUGCAAAACACUACAUGUGCCCUAUUUGUGGGGAGCGUUUCCCAUCUCUUUUAACACUAACCGAGCAUAAAGUUACUCACAGUAAAAGCUUGGAUACAGGGACCUGCAGGAUCUGUAAAAUGCCUCUUCAGAGUGAGGAAGAGUUUAUCGAACACUGUCAGAUGCACCCAGACCUCAGAAAUUCCCUAACUGGAUUUCGCUGUGUGGUCUGUAUGCAGACUGUCACAUCUACUCUCGAACUUAAAAUUCACGGAACAUUCCAUAUGCAAAAGUUGACAGGAAACUCUGCUGCCUCCUCCCCUAAUGGACAAACAUUACAGAAGCUGUAUAAAUGUGCCCUGUGCUUAAAAGAAUUCAGAAACAAGCAGGAACUUGUAAAGUUAGAUGUUAAUGGCCUGCCAUAUGGACUGUGUGCUAGCUGCUUAAACAGAACCACCAAUGGACAACCUUCCAACCCAACCACGCAAGAGGUCUGUGAACGGCUAUGUGCCAAUCUACGAUGCCCCGAGUGCAGUGUCAAGUUUGAGAGUGCGGAGGAUCUGGAAAGUCAUAUCCAAAUUGACCAUAGAGACUUGGCACAUGAUGCUAGCGGCCAAAGGAAAGUGGCACAAACCUCUCCACUCCCCAGAAAGAAGACUUAUCAAUGCAUCAAGUGCCAGAUGACCUUUGAGAAUGAAAGAGAAAUUCAGAUUCAUGUUGCCAACCACAUGAUAGAGGAAGGAAUCAAUCACGAGUGCAAGCUGUGCAACCAGAUGUUUGAUUCUCCAGCGAAGCUCCUGUGUCACCUGAUUGAACACAGCUUUGAAGGAAUGGGAGGAACGUUUAAAUGCCCCGUUUGUUUUACAGUUUUUGUACAGGCAAAUAAACUACAACAACACAUAUUUGCAGUACAUGGGCAAGAGGAUAAGAUUUACGACUGCUCCCAGUGCCCGCAGAAGUUCUUCUUCCAGACGGAGCUUCAGAACCACACGUUGAGCCAGCACGCACAGUGAGCCGGUGGCACUACAGGAUUUCUCUCUGCAGAAGACUUGACGGAGGCACAGUGGGGAAAACCAUUUGAACAUUACAUCCAAUCAAAGUGUCAUUUGCAACCCAGAUGUAAAACUCUAAUGAUUUGGCCAUGAGGCGCUGCUAUUAUAAGCAGCUGGAAAUGAAUAUUAAUGGGAGAGAUUAAAAGUAUUUCAUGCUCAGUAUUUUUAUUGUCCUGCUUCUUACUAGUGUUCUUUAGAGCUUCUGCUUCUGACUGAAUUUAUAGUGUUAGAAUAAUCAGUUCCAAUGUUGUCGUCUUUUGUUGCUUCUUGUAUUAUAUUGAUAGUUCAAAGCUUGAAGUGUUAUUUUUUUAUUUGUUUUCCCUUAUUUUUCUGCAUCAUUUAAUUGCUAUUUUUUAGUUGUGUGUUUUGUGAUGUGAUGGAUUGGCAGCUGUCUAUUCCAUUUUAUUAUUUGAUUUUUUUUUUUUACUUAAGUAAAAAAGAAAAAAAAAGGAAAAAAAAGAAAUGUAAUGCUUUGAUUGGAUUUGUCGGUUCACAGAGGACGGUCUAUUGAAUAUAAUCAGCAAUUGGAUGGUCUGCUUUUUAAAUGUGACUUUAUCUGAUUUGCAAUAACUAAAGUACAGUUCAAUAAAGGGAAAUACGUUUAAAACCAAAGCUUCUGGUGUUUGCCUCAGC